UAAUUGCCAAGUGAUGUUUAUAUUUAUCCUAUAUAUUAUUAUUGUGCAUCAGAAACGUGCAUUAGUUUGAAUAUUUUGGUGUAAGUGAACAAACAAUAUCAAAAGCGUGCACUCAAGUUUAAUCUACAAUGCAAACAAGUGCAUUAGAAGUUUUAAUAGACAUAUCCACAGCCAAUUGUGAUGGUGGUCGAGUAAAAUGUAGUGAAAAUGCACUGAAACUGUUAUGGAAACUACCCCGUGACGAAUAUUUUCAAAAAAUUGAAUAUACAUAUUUCAAAGAUACUGUUGAAAAGCAGUGGAGAGAGUUUUGUGAAGGUUAUGAAGAUUAUCAGAAAGAUAAGGUUAAAAAGAUAACGUUUUAUGUAUUUACUAAUCUUUUUCUUGCCACGAAUCAAAAAGAAAGAUUUCAAGCAUGGGAAACUAUAGUGAAUUAUGCCUAUGACUCUAUGGUUCAAGAACUAGCUCAAUCAAAGUGUCAUGCUCUCAUUAUGACCAAACUAGAAUACAAAAGCUUGGUAAGGGAUCUUGUUCCUUUUGUAAAACUUAAUGUAGUUCUUAAAUCACUAGAAUUGCCUUGUAAAAAUAUGAUAACAUUAAAAUCUAUGCUUCAAGAGUUGAAUGAGCAUAUAGUCUCUCCUGCACUAUCAAGAGAAGAUUGCUACGAGAUAAUUGCUGCAAAAUUAGGAACAGAUGAUGUAGAUUUAAUAAAUUAUGAAGUUGAUUAUUUGGAUUCCAGCUUGGGCUUCAUGGGAGAAUACGCAAAACUAAAAAUUCUCGUAUAUCGCUUACAAAAAGAGGAAACCCAUAAGUUUUUCAUCAAGCUCGUGCCGCAGGUCAUUGAUGAAUUAAGAGGAGGUUGGCUUAAAAUAUCCGUCAGAAAAGAAGCUGAGCUCUAUCUGCGAUUUAUAGCGAUGGCAAGGAAAUUGGGUUUCGAAAAAGUUAGUAAGUUCGCACCUGAAUGUUAUCUUCAAUCUAAGUCAUUUUUAGCUUUCGAUGAUGCUGCAGUAGACAAUUAUCAAUCUCCUUCUUUUAUAGACUUUGACUAUAAACAUCUUUCAACUGUUUUCAAAGAAAUGGCUAAGCUACACUCGACUUCCCUUUUAGUCGAACAUAAGUUAGCAGCUUUAUCGGGCGUUAAGAAGACUUUGGAUGAGCAUUUUCCAGAGAUGCUUACAGAAAUGUUUAUCCAUGACUCAUCAGAUGCGUUCACAGCCUGUAAUCUACGAACUAUGCAGAAACAUGCAGAACGCUUUCCAGAAAUUGCGAAAGACAUGCCUAUGGACGAGUUCCAGAGUAGAAUUAAAACCCGGAUAUAUUCCAAGAUAUAUUCAGGCUUCAGAAAAUCCAAAAAAUACGUUAACGUCAUUUGCAAUGGAGAUGUCUGGUGGAAAAAUAUGAUGUUUAAAUGGGAUGAUAAUAAAAACCCUAUAGCUUGUUAUUUGAUCGACUUUCAAAUGUGCAGAUACGUACCACCAGCUUUGGACCUACUGGUGCUAACUCAUGUGUGUACAAAUAUAGAAACGAGGCAAAAGUACCUGCCAAAACUUCUGGACGAAUACUAUAACCACGUAAAGACAAAUUUGGAACAAUAUGGGUUUAAUACUGAAGAAGUAUUUCCCUACGACGAUUUCAUUUCUUCAGUGGAAGAGCUUAAACCUUGUGCUGUCUAUAUAGCUACUCAGAACCGUCGUGUUAUAUUUAUACCGUCAGAAAGACUGGAAAAGAUGAAGUCCAGUCCAGAAGAAGCUUUGCAUUUCUUUACUGUCGAUAGAGAGUACUUGUACGAUGAGGUUUGGGACCAAAUGCCUCUUCAUAGAAUUAGAGAAGAUUUUCAAGAACUGUACUGGCUUUGUUUAAAAGAUUGAUGUAAUAUUAUAUAUUUAUUGUAAUUAUAACGGUUAGAUUAA